AUGGACGGUCUCGCCCGAGACACCGUCCUCGACCCCGCCGGUCGUCACGACCGCGUCACCGCCGCGCACGUCCUCUUCCUCACCUCACUCAUGGCUGCCGCGAGCGCUUUAGGCGCGGUGCCGUACGCGGUCGCGCGGGCUCGGACGAAAUCCAAAUCCAUUUCAGCGCUCGCCAAUGCGUGCGCGUGCGGCGUCAUGCUCGCCGCGUCGUUCGAUCUCGUGCACGAAGGACAAGGACACGGACCGUUUCUCACCGCGAUCGGUCUCGGCGUCGGCGCGUGGACGAUAUCGAAAGCGCAGGCGUGGUUGAGCGAGCGGGACGAAGGGUUGCGGUUCGGUUCGUUGCGAGGCGCGGACGCGCGAAAGACGAUGAUGAUGAUCGGCAUCAUGACGGCGCACGCAUUGGGCGAGGGGUGUGGGGUGGGGGUAUCGUUUAGCGGCGAUGGUGGACGAAGAAACGGUCGAGUGGUGACGCUUGCGAUCGGGGCGCAUAACGUUCCGGAGGGCAUGGCGGUGGCGAACGUCUUGGCGAGCCGAGGGGCGAGCGCGUGGACGUGCGCGAUGUGGUGCGUGAUCACGAGCCUGCCGCAGCCCAUGUUGGCUGUGCCGGCAUUUUUGUUCGUGGAGACGUUCGAGCGAUUGCUGCCCGUCGCGCUCGGGUUCGCGGCGGGGUGCAUGGUGUGGAUUGUGUUCGCCGAGCUCUUGCCGGAUGCGCUCGCCGACUCGAGCGACGCGAAGAGCGUGGCUACGACGGUGACUAUGAGCGCGGGGGCGUUGGAGCUAUUUAGAGUGGUGUGUGAAGGAUUAGAGACGCUCUCCGAGGCGAGCGCGAGCGACGGUGCGCUCGGGGACGCCUCAAGCGCGGUGGGCGUGGGAUUAGCGGCGAACCUGUACGCGCCCGUUGGAGCGCUCACACUCACACACGUAUUUCCGUCGCUGGCAUCUCCGGCGCUCAUCGCGCCGGGGACAGGUAUGGGUAUCGCUGCGAGCACGGCGGGAAUAAGCGCGACCUUUCGAUUGUUGUGGGCGAUUUGGAGAGGCGUCACGGGCGGCGCCGAAGCUGUUUUAUUCGUCAUCUUGGGUGGACUUGUAGCUUUGCUCAGCGGUGUCUUGGCGUUGAGAUGGACUGGUAAGUGUCCAAGUCUGGCGGAUAUGCGUCCAUGGAGCGACAUCGAUGACGAUGACGCACAAGAGGUCGACAUCGAGGGGCGUGUGUUGACGCGGCGAUUUGGGAACGUUUUGUUCACCAAGGAGGCUGUGUUGGCUUUUCUCGCGGCGAUCGUAUUUGCGAUCGCCGACGGCGCGCACGCAACGACCGCCGUUAUAUCGAACUCGUGGUACACGCUUUUACCCGCGUUGAUGCGCGCGGGCAUGAGAAUAGUCGCUCUGGUGAUGAUUGUUGCGUCGACAGAUCGUCGCCCGUACGUCAUCGGUGCCGUUGCAAUAAUCGGCGCGGCAUUCGUCGGCGCAGUGAGCAUCUUGGGAGUCAACCAUUCCUCGAGCGGGACGUGCCUGUUUUACGACACUGUCGCGGCUGUGUUGACUCUGGUGUUCGUUCAAGCGUUGAAACCGUUCAUCGUGUUCGCCAUGAUGACGAAAUCGAGCGACCUAGUUGCCGGCGUCAUGGCGGGUGGAGCCGUCACGACAAUCUUCGCGGUGAGCACGUGGGCGAUGUGCGCGGGCACGAACUACUGCGACAUUUCGAGCGCGUAA